UCAAAACGGAAGAUUACCUAGAAUUAUGUCAGCAGAGCUAGUGGAGAAAGUAUUCAAUCAAGUGCUGCCUGUAGACAAGUACAUCCAGGACCUAAGAAAAGGUCUUGACAGUCUUGGUCUUGUUCAGCUUGUUCAAGAACUGCCAUCUGUUAUUCACCUGUUCACACCUCAACAGUCGAAUCCUUUAAUGGUGAAGAUGUUGACACACCUAUUGAACCCACAGUUUAGUGCUGAAGGGUCAAACAGAAGACAGAGAGAGAAUUCCACAUACACGUUGUUCAUCAAAUACAUGCGUGAAGCUGCAAGUGGAAGACGAGGUGCUGUAAAUCUUGGGAGCAUAUUAAGGUUUGCCACUGGUACAGAGGAGGAUUCUGCCUUGAGCUUUGCUCUUCAGCCUUCCAUUCAAUUUAUGGAAAGUGCUAAUUUCCUGCCCACUGCAAAUACCUGCAUAAACAGAAUGAAUUUAUCAUUGCCAGAUGAAAGUAAUCCACUACCACUGCAAGAGGAACUGUUCAAUUUGUUUGAUCUAGCAUUUUGUAACACAUUCUUUGGUUUAGAAUAAAAAAUGACAUUCACAUAUAAUUAUACCCCCAUUACCAUUGGUAAUAGAGGCUAUAUAGGAGUCACUCUGUCGGUCAGUCGGGCUGUCACAAAAUUUCAUCCAAUCUUCACCAAACUUGGUCACAAGUUGUAUCUAGAUGAUGUCUAGGUCAAGUUUGAAUAUGGGUCAUGCCAGGUCAAAAACUAGGUCACGGGUCACUUACUGCGUUUUAAACCGAAAGUUUGUCCGGACCAUAACCAUGUCAUUUAUCAUUAGAUUUCAAAAUCACUUGGUACAUUUGUUCACCAUCAUAGGACGGUGUGUCAUGCAAUAGAAGGACGUCGAUGUCUCCAAGGUCAAGGUUACACUUUGAAUUCAAAGGUCAAGUCGGUCGGUCUGUCUGUCCCAAAAAUUUCAUCUGAUCUUCACCAAACUUGGUCAGAAGUUGUAUCUAGAUGUUGUCAAGGUCAAGUUUGAAUAUGGGUCAUGCCGGGUCAAAAACUAGGUCACAGGUCACUAACUGCGUUUUAAACUGAAAGUUUGUCUGGACCAUAAGUUCAUAACCAUAUCAUUUAUCAUUAGAUUUUAAAAUGACUUGGUACAUUUGUUCACCAUAAGUGGACAGUGUGUCAUGCAAAAGAAUUAAGUCGAUAUCUCCGAUGUCAAGGUCACUCUUGGAGUUCAAAAUUCAAAAAAGGCCAUAAAUGAGCUUGUCCAUGCCAUAACUAUGUCAUUCAUUGUAAGAUUUGAAAAUGACUCCCUACAUUAAUUUUGUUCACAGUCAUUGGACGGCAUGUCAUGCAAAAGAAUUCAAGAGUUCAAAGGUCAAAAUGGCAAUAAAAGACAAUGGCAUAAUCAUUCUUCCAAAUCGCCAUAAAUUAGCUUCUCUUGUUUUGUGAAGGCAGCGUGCAAAAUAUUCAAUGUCACUGCAGCAUUUUGGGGUAUAUGUCACGUCUGUGACAAAGCUCUAGUUGUGUAUAUGUAUGUAGUAAAAAAUGUUUUGAAUGUAGUAUGUGAGUUAUAUUGGUGUAAUCAACAUUUACUUUGUGAACCCUCAAGAGGCCAACCUUUUUUUGCAAUCUUGAAACUUGGUCAGCACAUUUGUCCCCAUAACAUUAUUACCUCUCCUGAGCACUAUAGCCCCUAUGUAGAGCUUAUGUGAUAGUCCUUUGUUUUUUGUGCAUAUAGUCCUUUUUUUUUUGUGCAUCGUCAAUAUAUGCCAUGUGAACGCUAGAGUCUACAUUUUUGUCCGAUCUAAAUGAAACUUGGUCAGAUAAUUAGUCCCAAUGAUAUCUGGACUCGGUUUGAAAUUGGGUCAUUAAGAUGUCAAACACUAGGUCAAAAAAGAAAAACCAUGUGAACACUAGAGGUCAAAUUUGAUGCCUAAUCUUCAUGUAAUUUUGUAAUAAUGUUUUUUUUAAUGAUAGGUUCAUUGUUGGUUGAGCAUGAAAAUAAGCCUUUUUUCCAUGAACAUUUACAAAUUUUACUGUAUUGUAGUGUACACAAUGUGUAAAGUAUAUCAAUUCUUUGAAUUUGCUUAUUAGCAUGUUGUUAAUUAUGUCUUAUUUACAUGCAAUACAUUUUGCUUGUUUACAUUGUAAAUGUGAUGUUCAUUUAAGUGUUGUCUGGGCUUGUUUCCUUCUUUUGCAGCAGCAAAGUAUAUUGACCCUUUUACCCAAGAAAAACUAUGCUGUUUACCUUCAAAUUUACUUUUAAAAACCAUAUUAUCUCCUCAGUGGUAACUUUUCCUCAUAUUUAACAUUUUGACCAUUUCCCCAAAUCAAAAUCAUAAAAAUGACGUGUAAUUUGGUUUUGUUCCUAAUGGUAUGUAACCCCAUGUUUUUGUCAUAUUUUUGUGAUAUCUUUUUCAUUGUUUAAAAGUUUUUUUUCACAAAUUGUUACUUAUGAGCUAUUGUGACCUGUCUCUGUUGGUCGUCCUGUAUCUUGUGUCAACAUAUUUACUUAAACGACAUCUCCUCCUUACCAGCUGGUCCAAUAUUAAUUAAACUUGGCAAGAAUGUUCCUUGCAUGAAGCUCUUUUAAAGUUUUUCAAACAAAAGCAUUCCAUGAAUAACUCUGGCUCUUGUUGCCAUGGCAAGCGAAAGGAAAAACUUAAAAAAAUAUCAUCUGUUUUACCCCCACUACCAUUGGUGGGGGGGGGGCUAUAUAGGAAUCACUUUGUCUGUCUGUCCCAAAACUUUGUCCGGACCAUAACUUUGUCAUUAAUCGUAAUAUUUUAAAAUGACUUGGUUAAUUUGUGCACCAUUAUGGGACGGUGCAUCAUGCAAAAGAAGUAUGUCAAUAUCUCCAAGUUCACGGACACACUUUGAGUUGGAAGGUCAAUAUGCCCAUAGACGAGUUUUUCUGGGCCAUAACUAUGUCAUUUGUUGUGAGAUUUUUAAAUCAUCUGGCAGGUUUGUUCACCAUCAUUACACGGUGUGUGAUGCGAAAAAAUUCUGUCCAUAUCACCAAGGUCAAGGUCACAUUUUCAGUUCAAAGGUCAUAUAUGGCCAUAAACUGACCUUGUCUGGGCCAUAACUAUGUCAUUCCUUGUGAGAUUUGUGAAUGACUCAGUGCAUUUGUUCACCAUCAUUGAACAGUAUGUCAGGUGAAAGACCAACACCGAUAUCUCCAAGGUCAAGGUCACACUUGCAUGAUAAUAAAUUAUUCUUUAAAAUAAAAUAAAAUUAGUUUCUCUUACUUUGUGAAAACAACGGGUUAAAUAUUCAGUGUCAAUGUGGCAUGUAGGGGAAUUAGUUAGUUCUUCUUGUCUGAGUUAUUGUCCUUUAAAGAUUCCUAUGUUAUUACAUGUUGUUAAGCGCAAGUUCUCUGAGCCUUACACAUGUUCCAUUUUUCAGCCACUGUUGUAGGUGUAUUGCCAAAAUUAGAGACAAAGCACAUUCAGGGAGCAUAACCUUUGUGGUCUGUGACAGCGACUUGUACUUGUAAUUGCUUAGCAUGAAUGGCAAUCUUUUGAGACAAGACCAUAUGGUGCAGGUAAAGACGUAAUUAAUGAGCUAAAGGUAAAGUUCUAGCAAUAACAUGUUGCCCGUGUCCGUUUGAAUGACUUCAUGUGAUAUUUCUUUUGUACAACUUUGUGAAAGUAUGCACACGAGCUGCAUUCAUGUAAUUGAGAAUCUUAUUAAAUGUUUAGUUAUUUGAGGUUAGUCUGUGUUACUUCAUUUAGAAGCAAAAUGAAAAUGCCCAAGGAAAUUAUAGACAGCCAGCAUGAGAUAUGUAAUUAUCCCCGCCAGAGGCGGAGGGAUAUUGUUUUGGCGUUGUCUGUCCGUCCGUCCGGAACACUUGUGUCCGGAGCAAUAUCUUGGAAGUGCUUUGGCGGAUUUCAUUAAAACUUGGUAUGAGUAUAUAUAUGGAUAAGAGGAUGAUGCACGCCAAAUGGCAUUGUACAUCAUCUGUUAAUAACGGAGUUAUAGCCCUUUGUAUCUUGAAAAAAUGCUUUUUACUAUAGGCACUUUUGUGUCCGGAGCCAUAUCUUGGAAGUGCUUUGGCGGAUUUCAUUGAAACUUGGUAUGAGUAUAUAUAUGGAUAAGACGAUGAUGCACGCCAAAUGGCAUUGCACAAAAUCUGUUAAUAACGGAGUUAUAGCCCUUUGUAUCUUGAAAAAAUGCUUUUUACUAUAGGCACUUUUGUGUCUGGAGCCAUCUCUUGGAAGUGCUUUGGCGGAUUUCAUUGAAACUUGGUAUGAGUAUAUAUAUGGAUAAGACGAUGAUGCACGCCAAAUGGCAUUGUACAACAUCUGUUAAUAAUGGAGUAAUGGCCCUUUGUAUAGUAGUACGUCAUCCGUCCGAUUUGCACCCAUCCUUGAACAAAAUAUAUGUUGCGGGGGAUAUCAAUUCUACGAAUUUGCUUGUUCUUCUUGAAUCUUGCUCGAUUCCUGUAUGUACAGUGGGAAUAGUUUGUGCAGGUAUGUUUGAUUAUGCUGUUUUCUUCAUGUUCAUACUGUGUGUUUGUAUGUGAACACAGUACAUGCUAUGUAAGUAGUUCUAUGUGUUAUUGUUAUGUUCUUGUAACUAGAUAUGAAAACAAAAUGAUAAGCUGCAUGAAACUUUUAUUUACAAAUUCAAAAUAAUCUCAAUUGACCAACUGUAAAUACAUAAUAGAGUGAUUGAAAUAAUGUAUCAUAUUUCUUUAUUUUUUAUUGCAUUAGUGUAGGUUUUUUGCUAAAUUAUUUAUAUACAGCAACUUUUCUUGAGCCAGUAAAUAUCAUUGGGGAUUAUUUCUUAGUAAUUUUAUAUUUAGUUUUAUUUUUUCAAAUAAAUAUAGAGAUAGGAGAUAACUUUGUUAACAAUGGAGCCAAAGAUUUUUAAAUGAAAGUGCUUUAUUACUGUUUUGAUUCCUAUAUUUUAGUUGUUUUCCAUGUAUGUUUUGUUUUAUUUAAGAAAAUUUGUUUUAUUUGUAAUUGAAAGUAAAUAAAAUAACCUGAGCAAAGUAUGCUCAUGAAACGCU